AUGGGCUCCCUCGACAGCGCCGCCGGGUCGGGGAGCUACAAGCGCGCGGCGGCGCCGGCCCCGGUGCCGCGCACCCCGGCGGGCGGCGGGGGCGCGGCGCGGAGGCCGGGCGUGAGAUCCAGGCUCGCGCGGUUCGUGCUCGUCGACAAGGUGGACUUCCUUCAGUGGAUCGGCACCGGCGCCGCCUUCUUCUUCGUCACCAUUCUCGUGUACACCUUCCUCCCCGGAUCGCUCGUCGUCGAGAACCCGACGAUGCUGCUCCCUUCGCGACGCGCCAGCGGGGGACGGGGGCGGGGCGGGACCGAAGCCGUGCUGCCUCGCGGCCUCGGCGGGCUGGAGACCGGCGAGGGCCUCACGUUCGAGCCCACGAGGCUGCGGGACAAGUGGGCGAGGGAGCGGAGUCAGGAUGCUCAGAGCUUGGCGGAGCUCGGGAGACCCGUCAAGAGGGUCGGGGCCCGGAAGCCGCGCCUCGCCUUGGUGUUUGGGGAUCUCUCUCCCGACGCAAUGCAGCUUCAGAUGAUCAGCGUCGCCUCGGUGCUGGAGGCGAUGGGCUACGAAAUGAAGGUUUUCUCAUUUGAGGAUGGCCCAUGUAGUAGUAUUUGGAGUACUAUUGGCAUACCAGUUGAGAUCUUACCUGUGGACACAAAGUUACUCACUUCUAUAGAUUGGCUAGACUAUGAUGGCAUGCUUGUAAACUCAAUUGAAGCAAGGCCAGUAUUUUCAAGUCUUCUGCAGGAGCCUUUCAAAUCCGUACCUGUCAUUUGGACUGUGCAAGAGACUUCCCUCGCUCAUUGUAUUAGGGAAUAUAAGUCUAGUGGAAUGACUCAAAUCCUAGGUGGUUGGCAAGAAGUCUUUAGCAGGGCAAAUGUUAUAGUUUUUCCCAACUACAUAUUGCCGGUGAUGUAUGCUGCAUUUGAUUCUGGUAACUAUUUCGUGAUUCCAGGUUCUCCUGCACCAGCAUUUCAAGCUGAUAGAUUCAUUGCGAAAAAUUAUGACAAAGAUGUGAGAAUCAGCCUGAGUUUAGGUCCAAGAGAUUUUGUAAUUGCUAUGGUUGGUAGUCAGUUUUCAUAUGAUGGGCUUUUGAUGGAAGAGGCACUUGUCUUGCAAGCAGUAGGACCUCUUUUACAGCAGUAUCCUUCUGAGAAUAGCACACAGACUGAACUGAAAGUGAGAAUCUUGACAGGAAACCAAACUGAUAAGCAUAGGAUAGCUCUUGAGGCCAUUGCUUUAAAUGUUGGCUUCUCAAGAGGUGCAGUGGAGCAUGUUGCUGUUGAAGAUACUGACAAUCUCCUUGCUAUAGCUAACCUUGUCAUAUACUGUUCUUGCCUUGAUGAGCAAUCCUUCCCCGGUGUGCUAGUUGAAGCUAUGAUUCUUGAGAAGCUGGUUAUAGCUCCGGACCUUGGAAUGAUCACAAAAUAUAUUGAUGAUGGGAUAAAUGGACUCCUUUUUCCAAGAAAGAAUAUCGCCAUGUUAAGCCAAGUCCUACUGCAAGUGGUAUCAAAUGGGGAACUAUCCGAUCUAGGGAAAAAUAUUGCAUCAGUUGGUAAAGCCCGUGCGAAGGAUCUGAUGGCUUCUGAAACCAUUGAAGGCUAUGCUGUACUAUUGGAAAAUGUUAUCAAGUUUCCUUCCGAAACACUGACCCCGUUAAGUGCUGGGGAGAUACCUUUACCUUUGAAACAAGAGUGGAAAUGGCAUCUAUUUGAGGAUGUGAAGAACUUAUACAAUGUGAAUGAAAGUUUGGCUGACUGCAAGAUGCUCCAGAAAAUGGAUUGGCACAGGAACAGAAAGGAUGACCCUCACAGUAUUACACCAAAGAUUGAUGAAACGUUCUCUGCUAUUGCAUGGAAGGAAGAAAGAGCAAAUGGUAUUAUGAGCGCCAAAAUGAAAUUGGAAGAAGAGUAUGUAAGUAUUGACUUGAAGGAGAGGAGUGACCAACCUCAUGGAACAUGGGAGGAAGUGUAUAGAAAUGUCAAAAGGGUGGAUAGGAUGAAAAAUGAAUUGCAUGAAAGAGAUGAAAAGGAGCUUGAACGGACAGGUCAGCCACUCUGUAUAUACGAACCCUUCUAUGGGGAGGGAACUUGGCCCUUUCUGCAUCAAAGCUCUCUGUAUCGUGGAAUUGGCCUGUCUUCAAAAGGUCGAAGAUUCGGAGCAGAUGACAUUGAUGCUUCUUCUCGUCUCCCGCUGCUCAACAGUGGGUACUACAGAGAUAUCCUUGGCGAAUUUGGAGCUUUCUUUGCUCUGGCUAACAGAAUUGACCGGAUACACAAGAAUUCUUGGAUAGGAUUUCAAUCCUGGAGGGUGACUGCAAGAAAGGCGAACUUGUCAAAAAAUGCUGAAUCUGCAAUGUUGGAAGCUAUUCAAACUCAAAAGCAUGGAGAUGCCUUCUACUUUUGGGUUCGUAUGGACCAAGAUCCAAGAAAUCAUGCUAAUCAAGAUUUCUGGUCCCUCUGUGAUGCGAUUAAUGCUGGGAACUGCAGGUUAGCUGUUUUGGAGGCUUUUCAAAGGAUAUAUGGCUUGCAGCUUGAUGGAGAUUUGAAUUCUCUGCCACGUAUGCCUAAUGAUGGAGACACGUGGUCUGUGAUGCAAAGUUGGGUUAUGCCUACGAGAUCAUUCCUGGAAUUUGUAAUGUUCUCAAGGAUGUUUGUAGAUGCGCUGGAUGCACAGAUGUACGACAAGCAUAAUCAAACUGGGCAUUGCAUCUUGAGUCUCCACAGGGACAAGCACUGCUACUCUGGUGUUCUCGAGUUGAUUGUAAACGUUUGGGCGUUCCACAGUGCACGGCGGAUGGUGUAUGUAAACCCAGAGACUGGUGCAAUGCAGGAGCAGCAUCCGCUGGAGGGCAGGAGAGGUCAGAUGUCAAUCCAGUGGUUCUCCUACGCUACUCUGAAGAGCAUGGACGAAGACUUGGCAGAAGAGGCUGAUGCGGACCACCCCGACAGAAGGUGGCUCUGGCCACAAACUGGCGAAGUUGUGUGGCAAGGUCUGUACGAGCGGGAGAGGACCAUGCGGCAGCAGGAGAAGGAGCGAAGGAAGCAACAGACCAAAGACAAGAUCCAGAGAAUGAAGAAGAGGGCUCGGCAAAAAACCAUAGGGAGGUAUAUAAAGCCACCGUCAGAUGAUGCCGGUCGCUUAAACGACACAAGGACGGACAUUUGA